GUUUUGCUUUUUUUGCUUAUCAAAUUGACGGCUGGGAAUAUUACGAAGUUUUUGUUGUGUUUAUUAUGCAUGUCGCCGACAAGAAAAAAUUAAUGGAAUAAUAUUAAUAUCUUUGCUUCCGGCAUCGUAAUGCUGGUUGAAAAGCCUAGAUAAUAGCUAUACCUGAAUAUGAAGUGCAUAGUGUCGUCAUGCAAGGAUUACGCCCUGUUCUCCAAACACCGAUUCCCCAGAGAUAAAGAAACUCGCGAGGAGUGGAUCAAGUCCGUGACCGCAUACGAUAGCACAAUCCUCCAGCGGAAUAUAAACUUCCAUAUCGCCCGUAUUUGUUCCAAUCACUUUACCGAACGAUGCUUCAAACAACUCGAAGGAAAAACAAUCCUUUGGGAUUCGGCGGUGCCGACUGUGUUCGGCGACGAGGCCAACGAGAACGGAAAACGUAGAGCCCCGUACUUCCAUCGCAGAAAGGAUUCUGCGCAAACUAAAGUGAGAAAAUCUGCCAUAGCAGCGCAAAAGGAGACCAAGUCACUGAUAGAGAAUGCGCUUGGUUGUGCCAGUAAGCUGGACGACAAAGGCUUGUCAGCGCCACAAUUGACUGUCUUUCGAUUGGAAAAGUUUCCGCACGUCUGUCGGUUGUGUUUGAAACCUCAGGAAACACAGACGGAUGCAAUGAUUCCACUUUACGCGUUCGAUUCCGCGUUGGAUGGAUCCAGCGUAGGAGAGUUCAUCGCUGGGAUCACGCCAACCGCAGCGAAAUUGCUUCAGAAUAAGCAAAACUUUCUACCGAACUCUGUAUGUCUUACUUGUUUGGAUAUGCUGCGGUUUUUCGCCAAGUAUCGCUCCAAGAUCAGUUUGGUUCAAUUACUGAUGAAUUCGCUGGUCGAAUUGAAGCAGUUCAAUUCCAGUCCAAUAUUAGAUCUCUUCAAAACUGAACCCGACACGCUUCGCUCGGUGAUCAAAGAUCUGGGCCUGAACAGGUCAGAAAAAUUUUCUGUUGAAGACCUGAUCCUAGAAUUCCAUCAAUAUGAUUUGGCAUCCUUUGAAGGGUUCGUCAUCAAAGAAGAAAUAGAGGAUCUCCCAGAGAAAAUGGAGUACCAAGAAGAACUUGUCGAUGAACUAAUGAUUUUGCCACCGAAAUCAGAAGUUAUUUUUGCUGAGGAGUGUACGGCCGAAGAGUUAACUGAUUUGGCACCAGACAAAGGGCAUGAGUUGCCUGAAUCGGCAACAGAUAGCAAGCAAACUGAUUGCGAUCAAAAAAAUAAUUCAACAUUCAAAGGAAGAUAUGGAGGUAGAAAGCUGAGCGAACCACUAAACUGCACAAAAUGUGAAUACUCGACGUACUUUAAACGCAACUUUGAAACCCAUCAGAUGAGGCAUGUGCAGCGGGAAACCCGGGUUUAUGCGUGCAAGGCUCCGGGAUGCUCAGAGGUUUUCAAAACUGGUGUAGAGUAUCGAAAGCAUGGAGCAGCGAAGCACAAGUCGUUCAUCUGCGACACAUGCGGUAUUCGAUUGUCUAAGCAAAGUGACUUGAAAACUCACGUGGCUCGUCACCAGAAUAAGUUUGAGUUCGUUUGUACCUAUUGCAAUCGUGGGCACAACACGAAGAAUGACUUAAAGGUGCACAUCCAGAAGGUACAUUUGCGCGAGGCCCGAUUUCCGUGUGAAACGUGCGGAAUGGUCUUCCAGAGGAAGUUUGUGCUGGAAAGUCAUGCCCUCACGCACAGUAACGUCUACAAGUUUCCGUGCACAAUGUGCGACAAAAAGUUCAAGGAGAAUAGGAAACUUAAGCGACACAUUGUCGUUGUGCACGAAAAGGUUCGCAUUCCGUGCAGUCACUGCGAAUUGGACUUCCUGUGCAAAUAUAAGCUGAACAACCAUAUUGAGAAUUUCCACGGCAUUCAAACGAGAUUCGUGUGCGACGUCUGCGUUCUAACGUUCGACUGCCAGGACAAGUUGGACAGCCACCGGGCCCGGCACGAUGAUCCUAAAGAGCUCGAAUGCGGACGCUGUUUGAGCGCUUUCACAUCGGAGGAUGUUUUCACGAAUCAUUUGUGCAUAACGUACAGGGAUGACUACGUCUGCUGCGGCCGAGAUCUACGGUACCAUUACAUGUACAAUAAGCACAUGCUGAUGAAGCACGGCAUGACGACUAACGUACGUGUUAAACCUAUUCCGGGGCAGUUGAUGGGUCAGCUGAGAGCCGCCAGGAAACGCAUCGAAUCGUGCCCCAAGUGUGAUGAAAUAUUUGCCACCAGGACGCUAAGGAAGCAACAUAUCGAAAUCUGCAGGGUUGGCGAAAAAGACGGCGAGGUUGCCGAUGCGUUAAACAAUAUCUUUGCGGAUGUUGGUGAGCAUUCUGGUGAAUGAAAUUGGUCAGAUAUUGUUGUUAAGUCCAUCAUAGUUUGGUUAAUUUAUGAGAUCCAUUGAAGCUUGCUUUUUGAAGCCAUGUAAAUAAAAAUAUGUAAAUGAGUAA